ACUCCGUCUUCUGUGGUCUGAAAUUCUGCUUUGUCCCUUUCAUAUCCGAGUUGGCAAAACCAGUUGCUGCAACUUCAACUCUCGCUCCCAUGUCCAUUUCUCCCCCCUUUCUUGACACUUGACAGAACCACAACCAGAGAUUUCAAUUCAACUCAGCUCGUCCAUUCCAUUGGAAAACCAAAGAAUUUGCUUCUGAAGAGAAGAAAAAGAGUGAUGAGUACUGCUACUGCUGCUCUCACAUCCACCAUUUUUGGCAACCAGAAUCCAUGCAACCGGAGAUGGAUCAAAAUUUCCCACCCGCAGGUGGCGAAAGGCGGGAGACGGUCGUUCGUGACGAUAGCCGCCGCCUCGUCAACCGGCAAGGACAAGAAGAAUCAGCAGAAGAAGAAGAACAAGCGGAAGGAGGUCCAGGAAGAGGAGAAAGUGCCGCCGGAAAAUGGAGAGACGGGGGAAGUUUCUACUGCUACUACCACUACUACUUCUGUUACGGCGAUCAAGAGCAGGCUUGACGAGGUGAAUCCGGUGGGGCUGGGGCGGAAGUCGAGGCAAAUUUUCGAUGAAGUGUGGCGGAAGUUCUCAGGACUAGGGCAGAUUUCGCGGACGACGCGGACCGACGACGAUGAAGCGGCGCUACUGAUGAGGGAAGGUGGGCCAAUGUGCGAAUUCGCCAUUCCCGGCGCGCAGAACACCACCGUGCUUGUGGUCGGCGCCACCAGCCGCGUCGGCCGCAUUGUCGUUCGCAAGCUUAUGCUCCGAGGUUACACUGUUAAGGCUUUAGUGAGGAAAGCUGAGAAAGAAGUGGUGGACAUGCUUCCAACGUCAGUCGAGAUUGUGACCGGAGAUGUUGGUGAGCCGUCCACGCUCAAAGCUGCUGUGGAAGGCUGCAACAAGAUUAUAUAUUGUGCGACGGCUCGCUCCUCGAUCACUGGGGAUCUUAACAGAGUUGAUCAUCUCGGUGUUUAUAAUCUCACCAAAGCAUUUCAGGACUACAACAAUAAGCUUGCGCAACUACGGUCUGGGAAAAGCAGCAAAAGCAAGCUUUUGAUCUCAAAGUUCAAGUCCGAAGAUACAUUGAAUGGGUGGGAAGUCCGUCAAGGAACUUAUUUUCAGGACGUUGUUGCCACUAAGUACGAUGGAGGAAUGGAUGCUAAGUUUGAGUUCACUGAGGAAGGUGAUGCGGUUUUCUCAGGAUAUGUUUUCACACGAGGAGGAUUUGUAGAACUGUCGAAGAAACUAUCACUUCCUCUGGGAUGCACCCUUGACAGGUAUGAGGGUCUUGUUUUCUCUGUUGGUGGGAAUGGGAGAUCAUAUGUAAUAAUUCUUGAAGCUGGUCCUUUGGCAGACACAUCGCAGAGUAAAAUGUACUUUGCCAGGAUUAGCACAAAAGCUGGAUUUUGCAGGGUUAGGGUGCCAUUUUCAUCUUUUAGACCAGUGAAGCCAGAAGAUCCACCACUUGAUCCAUUCCUUGUACACACCUUGACUAUCCGCUUUGAGCCAAGACGGCAGAGACCGGUCGAAGGACCUGUUGCUGUAAAACAAGACCUGAGAAGCUUCCAGUUGAUUCUGGAGUACAUCAAAGCUUUGCCUACUGGGCAAGAAACGGAUUUUAUCCUAGUUUCAUGCACAGGAUCAGGAAUAGAGUCUACCCGAAGGGAACAGGUGUUGAAGGCCAAAAAGGCCGGCGAAGAUUCACUGAGACGAUCAGGCCUUGGAUACACAAUUAUUCGCCCCGGUCCCCUCAUGGAAGAACCUGGCGGCCAACGAGCUCUCAUUUUCGACCAAGGAAACCGGAUAUCUCAGGGAAUAAGCUGCGCAGAUGUUGCUGAUAUAUGUGUAAAAGCAUUGCACGACUCAACAGCAAGAAACAAGAGCUUUGAUGUGUGUUACGAGUAUGUAGCCGAACCUGGGAAGGAGCUCUACGAGCUGGUUGCUCAUUUACCUGACAAAGCAAAUAACUAUCUAACGCCGGCCCUCUCGGUUCUUGAGAAGAACACCUAAUUAACGUUACCUGCUGUUGCUGUUGAUAUAUAGAUGGCAGCUUGAUUUUUGUUCUCUUUUUCUUCUAUUAUCCAAAGGUAUAUGCUGUGAAAUAGGUGUGAAAUAUAUCAAGGAUUCGACGUUUCAUGCAACCUGUAAGAACUGAGUUUAUGUUAUAUAUAUAUGUAUAUAUACACGAAUGUUAUGCCGUUUUACUGUCUGUA